UUCUCUAUAGUAUCACUACUCUGCAUGAUAGCCUGUUUACCCCGACGAGCCAGAAAAAGCACCAUCCCACAGCACAAUACACCAUGUCAACCUCCACCACAAACCCCGUCGUCUACGGAAGCUGCUACUGUCAAAAGACAACAUAUGCCACAACAGCCCCAUUGUACGGGUUAACAUACUGCUACUGUCGCAUGUGCCGCCUCCUGCACGGCUCUCCCUUCGCAGCAUUCACGAACGUGGAUUCGUCUCAUUUCCGGUGGACCAGGUCAGACCGUCUUGUCGAAAUCAAUCUUAGCAAGUAUGCAACUCGCACAAUCUGUGGUGAAUGCCGUAGUCCCAUGACGAUGGUUUACCAUGCCAAACCAAACGAGGUGGGCAUUGUGGCUGUUACUGUCGAUGAGAGUAAAUCUAAGGACCAGGUGCCGGAGAAAGUAGAGGCGCAUAUCUUUUUAGAAUGCAAGCCUGCUUGGUUUGUUAUUCCAGAGGAUGGGGGAGAACGGAGUAUGGGGAUUUUGGAGAGGAUGAGGGGGGUUGUACCGGAAGGGUUAUAGGUAUUUGUAGUCUAUUCCAAUUAGAGAACUGCAGAUUCCUGAGAAAAGUGAUAUAAGAGGGACUCUUGUAUUUUGCGAAUGCAUCGUAUGGAUGAGAUUGUAUGCGAGAGGUUGAUGAUGACUGUUCUCAUUUACUCUUGACUCCUUGUUAGAGUUGGCAUUUGAACUCGCUAGACCUGCCCCGAAU